AUUGAUGGCUUAAUUAUACCAGGAGGUGAAAGUACAAAAUUAAGUGUGUUUCUUAGCAAAAAUGAAUUUAACCGAACAUCUAAAAAAAUGGAUGUCAACAAAUGUGGUGUUUGGGGUACAUGCGCCGGAUUAAUAUUGUCUGACAAACUACAAAGUCAGAAAAUAGGUGGUCAAGUUAAGACAGAAACAGUUGUUGCUGUCCAGUACAAGAAUAUGAUAGCAACCGUUUUCCAUCCAGAACUUACUGAUGAUUUGCGUUGGCAUCUUUACUUUAUCAACGAGCAGAAAGUGGCCUCCAUCAAGGAGGAGGAUUCUUGGGAUUUUGGACUAGAGCUCGAGCUAUAG